AUGUUUGAACUUGCAUUACCUGAUAUUGGUAUACAAAAGGCAGUCGUUGCACCACUGACUGAAGGAUCUAAAGUCGCAUGCAAACAACUAGAAGCAAUUGAACAUAGAAUUUCUGAGUUUAAAGUAAUUGUCACGAAAAGAUUGGACGACCCGAACACACCAGAAGGGACCAAAAGUUGCCUCUCACAGUGCCUGGACAACUUUGAUGACGCCAUUAAUGGCGUCAAAACAGGCAUUGAUAGCAUCAACAAGAAAGAUCAAUCUAAAGCUAAUAGUGACGUGAGUGGUAUCACCACGGAUAUUGAGACAUGCAAUGACUGCUUCAUGGAAACGGAUGGAGAGGAUAAAGAAGUUAAAGCGUUUAAUGAUUGGAUUCAAGGGUUAAUAGCACCAUUAUCAAAUUCCGGUAGGAAAAUUAAUUCAAUUGACUUCAAAUUUGAUCUUUUUCCUUUUUUCGGGGUUGUGGAUGAUAACGUAGUUGUCAAAUUCUUCGGGGAGGUUGGUGGGGCGUUUAUACAAACUGGUGGUGGGCAUGAACGCCUCUUAGCAGGAAGUCCUAAACAAUAG